AUGUCAUCAGAGGAGGACACAGAUUGUUUUGGUUUGUUCACCGAUGAUAAGUCUUUGCUUAAGGCAACCUUAACAAAUUCGCACUCAGCUUUGACCAACAACACUACCACCGGCACAACGGCGGAUAUCUAUGAAGCGGCGAAUAACGACAACAAUAGCUUCGACGAAUGCUCCAAGUCACAGCUAACAGCCACACUGACAAAUCUUAAAACGGAAGCGGAAACACACAGCAACGGUCACUGUUCGCCCCAGCUAACAACUCUGCACAGUAAUCUAGUGGGUGCCGGGGACCAGAACCAGAAACCCGAGCCACAAGAGGAGGAGGAGGCAGAAGGGCAAAAACACAACUCCAAGCAAAAGGAGAAACAAACAGAAAACCCAGUUGCCAGUAGUGGAAAACGGCGGUCACAAGCCAACAACGGCAACACUGACGGAAAACUCAAACGCAAAGGCGAAGGCGAAAAUUCUUCUCUAAACAACUCAAACAAAACGAAAGGCAACAAAAAACAACAGCACACAACGGCAACUAAGCAAGAGCAGCCCAGCAAAGAAGAGCAGGCAAUAAACGACAACAACAACGACGACGACGGCACAGACGACAACGUAGGGGAGCCCACUACAAAGGCAACAUCCUCUACUACGGCACAGAACGAAGAAGACGACGAAGUUAUAUUUCUCUUCGCCGGUAAUUCUCUUAAUAACAGCCCUAAACGCUGUGGCCGUAGUGGUGGUAGUGGUGGCACAACCAACACAAAAACACCACCAAACGUAGCUGGCACAGCCACAGUCACAACAACAGCAAACACUAACACAGCCACAAACACACUCAUUACAACAACACCACCAACCUUAACAGAGACUCAGACUUCGUCGUUGUCUACGACUCAACAGAAUACAACCACGGCUGCCACGACGUCGUUGACAACGGCCGUAGACAACAUCCACGGUAAACAACAAGUCGUCCAAGUCGUUGAAACAUUUUCUGAAAGUAGUCAUAGUGGUGCCGUCAGUAAGACAACAACGUCAGCUCCGUUAGCUCUCGCAUCGACCACAGCCACGUCUUUGUCGAGCACCUCGUCGAGAAAAUUUACGGAACUUAAACAAAAUUCGAACGCGACCCAACAAAGUAAAUCAAAUAAAAAUUCAAAGUUACAAACGAACUCGUCUCGAGCCAAUAAAACGAAUAAUGUGCAAAGUGCUUCUUCUUCUACAUCGUCCUUAAAUCAAAAUCAGAAUAAUAAUACGAGUAGUAGUAGUAAUAACAAAAAGAAUAAGAAUAAUUCGCUAAGGACGACAACAACAUCGCGUUCAAGUGAUAAUUUUGUGAAUGAAAACAAUAAUACAAACAACAACAAUACCAUGAUUUGA